AUACCCUCACUUACAACUUCUAACUUCAAUAACUCGUCCACCGAUACCAACAGCAAAACAAAUCCUCCUCAAACCGAACCAUCCCGUCAACCACGCAAAAGGCAAUUACGCUCGUCUAAAAAAAAUCUGAAAUUGCAUCCACAAAAUUAG